AUGUCGGAGGAGGUGUUCUGUAAGGGAGAGGGCUCAGUGAUGUCCAACGGCUUUCAAAUCGCCAUCGGGCCGUCGCAGUACUGCGCCCUGUUCCUGUUCCCUGGAUGGGGGCUGGACUCCCCAGCCAAGUACCUGCUCGGUUGCUGCGGUGCCUGUGCCAUUCCAAUGGCCAUCGUGUCAGUGCAACUGGUCCGAGAGCGGGUCGUGGAGAUCAGCCAGCGCGGCGGAGGCAUCGCUCCGGACGCUCUGGCGGCGGUGCUUUUCGGCCUGCAGAUGACGCUGGCAUACUUUGUGAUGCUCUUGGUGAUGCUCUACGAGACAGUGAUCUUUAGCUGUGUCAUUGCGGGCUUCAUGAUUGCCACCUUCCUCCUGCAGCGCUUCAAGCGCCGCAAGGCGGCCUCCUCAGCCCUCACGGCACGCAUCAACGCGGCCCCCUGCUGCUCCCCGGACAUGGUGAGUGCCUGA